AUGGUAGCUCAAGUAAAAAGCAACUAUCAAUUGAGAAACAGGGUUGUGGGUGAAGACGAGGGAAAGCCUUUGGGUCUAUUUGUCAAAGAAUUGAAAAAUAAAAUAAAAGAGGUCAAGGAAGAUAAAUCAGUGAAAGAAGCAAUCAAAAUUAAGGAGGUCAAGAGAAAGGAGUGGGCUAAGAAAGUAGAGGUUGUGAAACCUGUUGAAAAAAAUUCUCCACUUAAGAUGAAAGUAAAGAUGGUUGAAAAGUUUUCUUCACUCGUUGAAGGAGACUCACAGAAGACACAAAAUAUUGAAGGAAACAUACCCAAGAAAUAUGAGGAACAAUCAGGUAUGUCACUUGAAUUACCAAAUUACACACCUGUGGAUAUGCUUCAGUUGCUUUCUCAGAUUAGAGUUAAGGUUCCUUUGCAAGAGAUGUUAAGAAUUGAAGAGCAUAGGGAUAAAACCGGAAAACAUGGGAGCCGUUGCAGAUAUUCUAUGUACAAUAGAAAUGAUGUGGCCACAUCUCCCCAGUGGCCUGUGCUACGAAAAACCUGUAUUUUCCACCUCUUGACCCCCAAAUGUAUGCAAAAGUGGCAGCAGUUCCGAGAAGAAGAAAUGACCCUGGUGCUGGCUUUCAUCUUUAAAACGCGAACCAGUGCUGUAAAUGUGGGAGAUUUCGUUAAUGUCUUUACUUCUAAAGUUAUUGGGCAAAUGACGCUGAGGAUGAGAUUUUUUGAUGACAAUAAUGCAGAGGCCCAACAUUUCAGAGAAUUAAUGGAGGAGUUUUUAGCUGAGGGUGGUCGUUUUAGGAUUGGGGAUUACGUUAGCUUCUUAGAUUGGAUUGGGUUGGGUGGUUCUCUUGAUCAAACCAAGAGGUUGCAGAAGCGGCUUGAUGAGUUUCUUGUGAGGAAGAUGGAAGAACAACAGAAGCGACUGCUUCUGUCCAGAGAUGAUAAUGGCAGCAAGGACUUUUUGCAAAUUCUCUAUGAGCUCAAAUCUAAGUCUUCUGAAGAGGGAGCAGAACUAUCUGAGACUAACAUCAAAGGCAUUUUACUAAGCAUGAUUUCGGCAGGAACAGACACUGUUACCCGCACAGUAGAAUGGGCGAUGGCAGAACUGAUCCGCCAUCCCCAUCUCAUGAAGAAAGUCAGAGACGAAGUGGAGAAAGUUGUGGGAAUGGAAGAGAGAGUAAGAGAAUCUCAUCUUCCUCAGCUGAAAUACUUAGAAGCGGUUGUGACUGAAACUCUUCGACUGCAUCCUCCAGCGCCACUAUUGCUUCCUCACGCAUCUCCAAAAUGUUCAAGCAAAGUAAUGGGUUAUUUCAUUCCUCCCAACUCACGCGUAAUGGUGAAUGUGUGGGACAGGCCGUUAGAAUUUGAUCCAGAUCGCUUCGUUGACAAUCCUGUUAAACUCCAUGGAAGAGACUUUCGCAUACUACCAUUCGGUGCAGCGCGAAGAAUGUGCCCGGGCUAUGAUCUAGGGUUUCAUAUGAUACAAAUCGCACUUGCAAGCUUUGUUCAUGCAUUUGAUUGGUCUCUUCCCUGUGGCCAACAACCCCAAGAUUCACAGGAAAGUUCCUCUCCUCCUCUUUGCUACUCGUUGGCUGCCUAUCAAAAUUUAUAA